GCUUCUGUCAGUGAUCAGUUUCAAAUUUCGUACUCCACAAUGAUAGUCAAUAAAUCCGAAUUUCGUUUGGUUUUGUAUAAGGAAAUUAAUUCAUCGUGAUAAAAAUGAAUGAAAGUAUAUGAAAAAUUUAUAUAUAAUCAGUAGAACUAGAAUUUUAUACGUUUAAACAGAACAUGCUCAGAAAACGUUCGUAAAAAAUCUCUUGGCUUUCUAUAAGCAUAUUGCUUUUAAAAUUGGAAACUCUCAAUUAUCUUAUACACUGCUAUCUUUAAAGGAUUAUUUUUCUAUGUCAGAAUGAAUCAGCAAGCAAAGAGUUGUUAUCUGAAAAGCAAUGACAAGGCACUAAAGACAGUAUAUUUGCCACAUAAAAAAUCAAUUAUUGUAGGUCGUUCUCCAGAGACGAAUAUCACAGAUACACAAUGUUCUAGGCACCAAGUACAAUUGUAUGCAGAUUAUGAAGAGUACAAAGUCUUCAUUCAACAAAUUGGACUUAGAUCCUGUGGCUUUAAUGGCUUUAAAACAAGUAAAGAUGUCAAAUUUAUAGCCAAUCAUGAUGAUUGUUUAGAAAUGUUAUAUGGCAAGCAUGCUUAUCAAAUUGAAUUUAAUCCUCCACCUGUAAAAAGAUUCCUUUCCAAGAAAAGGAGUAGAGAUUCAGAGAUGCUCAAUGAGAAUGAUGAAAAUUCUGAUAAAAUAGUUAAAAUAGAAAGUGACAAAGAUGAAAAGACUCGAGAAGAGGAACCACAAGCAGAAGUGAAAUGUAAAAAAAAUGAUCAGGGUAUUUUAAAGUAUAUCAAAAGAAGUAAAACAACAUCAGAUGAAUUCAAAAAUGAAGAUAAUAUGAUAGAUUUAGACAAUGAUCAGGAUAUGUGGGAAAGUAAGGAAAGUGGUGCAUUGUUAAUAUGUACAACACAGGGAGUGGAAAGUCGUUCAAAGAUAGCAGCUUAUGAUAUGGACGGAACCUUAAUAAAAACGAAAUCUGGCUUAGUAUUUCCAAAGGAUUAUGAUGAUUGGCAACUUAUAUAUCCUGAUGUGCCAAAAAAGUUGCGCAAACUCCAUAAUGAUGGUUAUAAAAUAGUAGUUUUCACUAAUCAAAAAUCCAUUGGAUCUGGAAAAGUAAAUCCAAAAUCUUUCAAGAAUAAAGCUAGAAACAUAGUACAAAAAAUUGGUGUUCCAAUGCAGAUAUUCAUAGCUACUGGGUCUGAUAUUUAUAGAAAACCAGCGAUUGGGAUGUGGCAGCAAUUGGAAAAGAAGAAUGACUCUAUAUCUAUUGAUAAAGAUAGUUCAUUUUACGUUGGGGAUGCGGCUGGGCGACCAAAAGAUUGGGCUCCCCGUAGAAAAAAGGAUCAUUCGUCAGUUGAUCGAUUACUAGCGCUUAAUUUAGGUUUAAAAUUCUAUACGCCGGAAGAACAUUUUCUCGGACAUAAACAGGCACAAUUUAAAUUGCCCACGUUCAAUCCAAAAAAUUUAUCGAAUGGCGAGAUAUGCUCGGGAAGCAAUAUAACUUCAAGUAAUCAAGAAAUCAUUCUAAUGGUUGGUUGUCCUGGUUCUGGGAAAUCACACUUUGCAAGAAAUUAUUUAAAUCAUUAUGAAUGCGUUAAUAGAGAUACUCUGGGAAGCUGGCAAAAAUGUAUUACUGCGAUGGAAAGACAUUUAAAUGAAAAAGGUAGCGUAGUUAUAGAUAAUACUAAUCCUGAUUGCGCAUCAAGACAGAGAUACAUCGAAGUGGCAAAAAAGUAUAACAUACCCGUAAGAUGUUUCGUUAUGUCGACAAGUACUAAUCAUGCAAAACAUAAUAAUAAGUUUCGAGAAUUAACUGAUCCUAGUCAUGUUAAAGUUAAUGAUCUGGUUAUUGAUUCUUACGUGAAAAAUUAUCAAGCUCCAAGCUUGGAUGAAGGUUUCACAGAAAUUGUUAAUAUAAACUUUAUCCCGAAAUUUCAAAAAGAAGAAGAUCGUGAGCUUUAUGAAAUGUAUUUGCUUGAAAAAUGAAUGAAAUUUUUUUAACAAAGCAUUAUAUAAAUUCUUUCCAAUUGAAUUAAUGUAUGCUUUGUAAUUAUCAAAGAUU